AUGGUAAAGGAGGAAGCGGGCUCAGGCCCCUCAAAGCCCGUAGAUCACAAGUGUCCCCGGCAACGGGAGCCACCGGCGUACGUGAAGAAAAAGAAGCAGCUCGUCUGCGACGGAUUCUCUGUUAAAGCCAUGAUGAAAAAUACUGUGGUAAGAGGACCGCCUCUUGCGGGUGCAUUUAAAGAAAGACCAGCAAAGCCCACAACAUUUCGCAAGUUUUAUGACCGAGGAGACCUCCCAAUUGCUAUUGACCAUUAUAGUAGAGGAAACAGAAUCUCCUGGAAGGUAGAGAUUGAAAAGCUGGACUUUGAUUUCAAUCUGCCUUUGUUUUUCAAUGGGCUUUGUGAAAUGGCAUUUCCAUAUGAGUUUUUUGCUCGUCAAGGAAUCCAUGACAUGCUGGAACAUGGUGGAGACAACAUUCUUCCUGUCAUUCCUCGGCUCAUUGUCCCAAUAAGAAAUGCACUGAGCCUUCGUAACCGACAGGUCCUCUGCACCACACUGAAAGUCCUCCAGCACCUGGCGGUAUCAGCUGACAAGGUGGGGCAGGCCUUGGUGCCCUAUUAUCGACAAAUCCUCCCAGUCCUAAACAUCUUUAAGAAUAUGAACG